GCGGAGCUACAGGGAGGAAGAGUUGCGAGUGAGAGGCAGUCGGAAGACAGCACAAAUAACCAAAUAACAGGAAGCAUUCACAAUCAUUUUACAGAUAGUCUCGCGCCCUGCCAGAACAAACAGGCACGCGCGCUGAGGGCGGACAUUGGAAUUAAACCGAGGUUUAAUUUCAUCUGCAUUCUCAUACAAGAGGAAAUUGUCCGCCCCCGCCCCUAGUGACCUAGAAAGUAAACAGAUGGAGAAACAGGCCGGAUCUGCCGGGGCGGCGGACGGAGCAGGGCCGAACAGAAAGCUCUGGGGCUCGCCGACCGGAGGACCAGCCACCAGUGAAACCCCGGACAGUCCAACUGGUUCUCACGUAGAGUGGUGUAAACAGCUGAUCGCAGCCACCAUCUCCAGUCAGAUCUCAGUAUCGGUCCCACCUGACAUCUCGAACAGGGACAACAAGGCUAGGAGAAGACCAGAUUUCCUGGUGUCCAAGAAGCGGAAUCCCAGGCAAGAUUCACCAGAUGGAGAAAGUGAUUCUGAUUAUCCUUCCGAUGCUUCGAACCUUCCAGCUUUGAGGUACGGGGCGCAGGUCACAAUGUUCCAGAACCAGGUUCCUCUGCUACCGGGUGAGACCAUCCAGACUACAGUCAAGGAUGUGAUGUAUAUCUGUCCAUUCAGUGGUCUGGUUAAUGGAACCCUGACCAUCACAGACUACAAGCUCUACUUCACCACUUUGGAAAGGGAGUCUCCAUUCGUUCUUGAUGUGAACCUGGGAGUCAUCAGCAGACUGGAGACCAUCAGUGUUCCCAACCAGGGGGAGAACACCAAAGGACUCGAGCUGGUCUGCAAGGACAUGAGGAGUCCCCGGUUUGCCUACAAGACAGAGGAAAGCCAACCGGACAUGGUGAAGCUGCUGACCAAACAUGCCUUCCCCCUCUCCCACAGCCUGCCCCUGUUUGCCUUCCUGUACAAGGAGCAGUUUCCUGUGGAUGGCUGGAAGGUGUACGACCCAACAGCCGAGUACAGGCGUCAGGGCCUCCCUAAUGAGAGCUGGACCAUCAGUAAGAUGAACAGCACCUAUGAACUGUGUGACACCUAUCCCUCCAUCCUGGUCAUCCCCACCAACAUCGCAGAAGAAGACAUCAAACGAGUGGCUGUGUUUAGAGCGAAGCACCGCAUACCGGUCCUGUCCUGGAUUCACCCAGAGUCUCAGGCCACCAUCAUACGCUGUAGCCAGCCGUUAGUCGGACCUUCAGACCGUCGCUGUAAAGAGGACGAACGCUUCCUCCAAAUCAUCAUGGAUGCCAACGCCCAGUCCCACAAGCUCACCAUCUUUGACGCCCGGCAGAGUAGCGUAGCAGUGACCAACAAGGCCAAGGACGGAGGGUUUGAAAGUGAGAGUUUCUACCCAAAUGUGGAGCUGAACUUCCUGGAAAUCCCCAACAUCCACGUGAUGAGGGAGUCUCUGAGGAAGAUGAAGGACGUGGUUUACCCCACCAUAGAUGAAGCACACUGGCACUCCGCUAUUGACCAGACACACUGGCUGGAGUACAUACGGCUUUUAUUAGCAGGAGCUGCAAAGAUCGCUGAUAAGCUGGAGUCCGGGAAGACGUCGGUGGUGGUUCACUGCAGUGACGGCUGGGACAGAACGGCUCAGCUCACGUCUCUGGCCAUGCUGAUGCUGGACAGUCACUACCGAACUCUCAGGGGAUUCCAGGUUCUGGUGGAGAAGGAGUGGAUUAGCUUUGGACACAAGUUUGCUGCUCGCGUGGGUCACGGUGAUGAGAACCAUGCUAACUCAGAGCGCUCGCCUCUCUUUGUCCAGUUUAUCGACUGUGUUUGGCAGAUGACUCGGCAGUUCCCAGCAGCCUUUGAGUUCAAUGAGCUGUUCCUGAUCACAGUGCUGGACCACCUCUACAGCUGUCUGUUCGGUACAUUCCUCUACAACAGCGAACAGGAGAGGGCAGCCAAGGAGGUGCAGACAAAGACUAUGUCGCUGUGGUCCUACAUUAACAGCCAGCCAGAGGACUUCAGCAACCCCUUCUAUGUGGACUAUGAGCACCAUGUUCUGUAUCCGCUGGUUUCCUCCAGACAUCUGGAGCUGUGGACCGGCUACUACGCCCGCUGGAACCCCCGUAUGAGACCACAGGUGCCGGUGCACCAGACUCUGAAGGAGCUGCUGAUAUUGAGAGCAGAGCUCCAGAGGAGGGUGGAGGAGCUGCAGAGAGAAGCCACCUCCCACUCUUUGUCCUCCUCCUCUGAACACUCCCCCUCGCACAGCACAGGAACUCCACUGCACAGCGCUGUCUGACACACACACAUAUCUGAAACACCCCUACAGACACACACACACACACACACACACACACACACACACACACACACACACACACACACAGAUUAAAGCAUGUUUUAGCCCAAUUUCUACAAAUACGGAUGUUUACAAUGUGAAGACUUUACAAAGAGGUUCUUAACUCUUAUAAUAACAUUCCUCAACACAUUUUUAGCUAAGUUAAAAACAAGCCUGUUACAACACCUGUGCUUAUUAUUUAUAUAUUUGUUUUUAAAUCUCCCAAUUCAGAAAGACCAGCUUCCCCUGUUCUGCGGGAGUCUUACCAAUUCACAGGUUUUUUGGGGGGGUUUUGUAUGAAGAAUUGCUACUAUUCGUCUCAGGGUUUAGUUAUUCACAUGACUGCAGAAGGCUGCCAGUAACAUGUUACCUGUAGUGUGUGAACGCAAUCACUGCACGCUCCCUCACACUUCCCCUUCCUUUACUGUGUCAGUGAUCGUCUCCAUCAAGAUUAGAAUUAUUGUAAUGAGCUAUGCUAUAGUUCUAUCCAAAAUUCAUGAGCAAAAGAACUCAACACUUUCAAGUGGAAACGAUAUGAAAAUAAUAUAUUUUUCGGAAUAGGAAUCACAGAUGAUGAGAAUCACAAUUCCGGGAUUAUUAUCCCUCACCUACUUCCCACCCGCGAACACUGUGUGUUAGAUGACCCCAGCUCCCCCCUCUCAUUACCCGGACACUGCCUUACUGUGCAUGUUUUCCUUUAUUUGUAUACAAAAGAAUCUUUUUUAUUUUUUAUUUUUGUACGUUGCCUUUCCAUGCGUCAACCUCGUCAUUGUUCCCUCAUCCCCUUUUGUCAUUUACUGUAAAUGAUUUCUAAUCAGUGUUUCUCACAAAUGAACCAAACUACAUGUCUGUUUAUGUAGAGCUGCUCCCAAAGUGUGUUACUGUGUGGAUGCAUUGACUGAAAGCAGCAAGUUCAUAGAACAAUGAUAAUAUAAUGAUGAUUUUAGAUAUUUAAAAAUAUUUUUGUGUCUUUUAUUGCAGUUCAGAUUUCACAAUAAAAGAGUAAAAUAUGAUCAAAUAUAAACAUUCCAAAUUGAGUGUGAAAUACAAAAGAAAUAUAUUAAUAUUAUAGUUUAUGGUUGUAAACAGACUAAUAAAAACCAGAAAACGUU